AUGUUGGAAAGCUUAGCAGCAUGGGUAUUGAAUCAGUAUCUCGGGAAAUACGUGGAGAACUUGAACACCGACCAGCUGUCCAUUGCUCUGCUGAAAGGCUCGUUGGAGCUGGAAAAUCUACCGUUACGGAGAGAUGCAUUACGGCACUUGGGUCUACCUUUCAAAAUCCAAGCCGGGUUCAUAGGCAAGGUCAAGCUGGACAUACCUAUUACCCGGUUGCGAUCUUCGCCAUGGGUGAUAUCAAUGGAACAGCUGUAUGUGAUAAUCUGCCCUCUCAGUCCCGAUGAGUUCGAUUCUGCUAUUGAGGAUGAAUUUGCGUUGGAGCGAAAAUUGGGAUUGUUAGACGCGUUGGAAGCUGAAUGGCGAGCGGGAUUGGAAGAGAGGAAUGCCACUUCGCAGUACUCUUCAACGUAUUCGUAUUACCAGUUUGGAAGUGGCACUUUGAUGGCCGACGUUUUGGAGAAUAUUCAGCUGGACAUCCGAGACGUUCAUGUCCGUAUUGAAGACGAACUCACUGAACCAAAGAUUCCGUUUUCCUUCGGGUUUACACUUGAAUACCUCACUGCAAAAACAACCGAUGGCUCGUGGACUCCGAAAUUCGUUUCUCGCGACAAAGCAUCAUUUAGCUUCAAACUUGUUCAACUGAAGAACCUCUCCUUCUACUGGAACAUCUUCAGUCAGUUUUUCGGCGACAAAAAGCUUGGGGAACUGGCCGCUGCAUUAUUCAAGCAAACGAAUGAGAAGAAAUACGACUAUGUGAUUAGUCCGGUAAGCGGGGAAGCUAAGCUGAAACGAAAUCUGAGUGCGUCCGCUUUGAAAUCAAAAGCGACACCACGCGUUACUUGUGACCUAUCUCUCGAAGAAAUCAAUAUAUCUUUGUCACAACUGCAAUACCAAAGCAUAUUCGCGUGGUUAAAAGGAUUGGUUUUUUUGGAGAGAAAUCGGAAGUACUGUCGAUUUCGACCGAAAGUGCCGGUCAAAGGGAAUGCAAAGGCUUGGUGGGACUUUGCCGUCAAUUGCCAUCUGGAUAAAUGUCGAAGACAGCGAAAGCAACGUACCAUGGAGUUCUUGACGCGACGUGUAACGGAAGUAAUUGUAUAUGUGACAAUUUACCGUCGUCAUCUGGUGGAUCCCAUGUCCUUGACAACGAAUGAGAAAGAAGCAAAAUUAAGUGUUGAGAAAAAAUGGCCGUACGAAGAGAUUCGUAUUUUACGUCAAAUUGCUAUGGACGAAUUGAGUGCUGGUGAAGAGUCAGGAAGUGCAUCAUUGACUCCAUCAACGACGAAUGCUGCACGUACUGGAUUUCUUCAGCGUGUCUUCCCAACUUGGUACGGUUGGUAUACGUCGACUGCAGUUGAUGGUGUGCCAACGGAAGAGCCCGCUGCUCAAGAAUCCGAGACACAUUUUCGUGAAGAAGCCUCUGCGCUGGAAGAGGAACUGCUUGACGCGUUAGAAGAAACGUUGGAUCCUACAGAAAAUCAAACUUACUUCAAAAGAGACGCUGUAUUUUUGAGCGCGAAGAUCGAUCUAAACCGUGUUUCCCUCUCUUUGGCAAAACUCCUCAUCCCACCAACAGUUACCCGAGGUGUCAAGCGUUGGAAACAUCUGGCCAAAACGCGGCCUAUAAGCGAGUUCCAGUGCGAGAGUAUGAAACUGGGCAUAGAAAGCAGACCACGGACGAAAUCUUAUCAAGUUCGAGUUAGCUUGAAGUCCAUCCUCGUUGAAGACAAGUGGACAGAGGGAUCUAUUUUCCCCCGCAUAAUUUCGCCCAUCGGGCACAGGGAUUUAUCGUUCAAGCCAAGUGGUUCUUCGGGACUGAAGUUAUCUUCAUUAUUUCCUACUGCUGGUCAGCAGUCCACGGCUACUGCUUUAAAUCAGGCUGGUGCCGUUCAAGAUCAGCUGUUUGAGUUGUUAUACGAAGUCAGACCAGAAGGUUCUGGUGAACGAAUGUUCAAGAUUGUCGUGUCUUCACGAUCCCUGGAUGUUGUGUACAAUCCGAAAUUCAUGUCAAUUGUUCGAGACUUUUUUGUUACCCCGUUCGAAGCAACGUAUUUACAAGAUCUCAGCCCCAUAUCCGCUCCGGAAGGAUGCCCAAAUGAAAGCUCUGAUGAGGAGCGGGAAAAUGAGCAGAUGAAUGCUGCGUUUUCAAAAGCUUUAGCGAAGUACGAAGAGCUUAAACAACAGGCCAAAGAUGAGCUCAAAAAGGAAAUAGUGGAGCUACUGGAAGGAAAAAGCGCAACUAGGCGAAGUUGGGACAUCAGUCUAAAUUUGGUUGCGCCGCAAAUCAUCCUACCUGAAAGCUUCGUUGAGAAGAAUUCUCGAAUCGUUGUUGUGGACUUGGGUAAAAUGCAUCUCUGCAACGUGACUUCGAAAGAGCGAAGAACAAACGCAAAUAUUCGCCCUGACACCGACGUUUCCUCGGGUGGAACGUCUCGUCCCAUUUCAGGGGAUAUUCCUCGUGAAGUUGCUGGGCGAGAACGUUCGGAUUCCGUCGAAUCUGAAGAAGGCUCAGACGUGUAUCUGACUCCGUGCUCGUUGUCGCCAAAUUCUGGAACGGCGACGACCGUUCGCCGAGACUCCGUAGACUUCCGGAUAGGUGACCCAGCCGAUGAAACCAACCUGACUGAAACCCAGACGAAACCGCGUUCGGGAGCUGGAGUGGAAGCUGACUUGAGCACUGAUCUACUCCGUGACAAAGUUUAUGACAAAUACGUUUGUGAGCUCGGAGAUCUUCAAGUUGUCGUCGCUCAUGCGAAGGAAACCUGGCGUUACGCUUUGAAUCAGGGUUAUGGCCCGAUGCAUAUUCUCGACAAAUUUUCCAUCGGGCUUCUGAUUGAGAGGAGAGUAGUUCAAACCUCGGACCCGAGAUACCCAAGUGUUACAGUUUCUGGUAACUUGGAAAAGCUGAUGUUGCAUCUGAACGAGCAGAAGCUUUAUUCAUUGGCAGUUGUGCUGUACUCAUUGAAAGCCUUCGAGAAUUCGCAUCGAAGAAGUUCUGCGUACGCGUUUGACAGAAAAAGCCGUAAGGUAUCUAAUUUGGGAUUGGAAGCUCAAGAAAUAAUUGGCGACGAGUCGGCAACUCCGCGACCGUCAUCCCUAAUCUUGCCGAAUCCAAAUGGAAGAUCUCAACCGAAAGGAACCCCUGUUGGUUCUCCGAUUGCAACUCAUUUCGCACCCACGUCCGUGCUUCUCGAAAUGAAGUUCAACGUAGAUCAGUUAUCCUUUGAAGUACAAAGCCGAGGACUUCCAGUGGCUGAACUGCAAGUCAGUGGAGUCAAAAUGGAGUUCAUCAAGCAACCUUUCGACUCGAACGUGACCAUAUCAAUACAUGAAUUAUUACUGGCGGAUGCCAUGCAGACCUACGGCUCAGAUUUUGAGCUGCUCCUGGCAAGUCAUCGUCACGUGACCAUCGACAGUGUCAGUGGAAGCAUCCGACAAAGCGAGCCAGGCUCACCAGCAUCUCCUGCUUCUCCGGCCUCUCCCGACUUUCAACGUACACUGUCUCCUUCGACGAUACCUCCGGCAGAUUCCUCCGCUAGUUUUAUGGGAAACGUGAUGAAUCGGAUGGCAAAUUUUUGGGGUCCUUCGUCAUCGUCGACCAGUGGACAAGACACUCAAAAUCGACACCAAGGAAUCUCGCGUACUGCAUCCGCCUCGUCUACAUCAACUUCCGCCAUGCCGCAGUGCCAAGUUCGACGGAUGCCGUUUUCUAAAGGGAAUUUCGUUGGAGUCGAAGGAGAGGAAGCUUUAAUUUUGGGCGAUGUGCAUAUUUCGGUGCCGUCGGAUCCCAGUGAUAACAUGGCCAAAACCGUGAUUUUGGCAAAUGUCAAGUUCAAUACUCUUGACAUGAUAGCUAAUCAAGAAACCAUCGUUGAGCUUGUUUCUUUUACACACCGGUUGUCUCAGAUGAUCAGUCAAGCCGGGAAGAAGGCGGCUCACAGAAAUUCCGUGAAUUCUUUGAGAAGAGAUUCAGUUUCAAAUGCUAAGCUCGAGUGGUCAAGUCAAGGGAUUGAUCCCUCAGUUGAUAGUAUCUACUCGAGCGAUGUUCAAACGCUUGGGACAGACGUUCCUUCGAGUACCCAUGCUCCCGUCUCUCGUACGGAUAGUGAGCAGACUGUGACACCAUCUAGAGGUAACAAAAGUACUGCGGAAGUUGGAGCCUUGCUAAAGAGAUCAUCGUUGCCUGCGAUUGGAUCUACUCAUUCCGUAGAGAUGCGACGUAGAGCAUCCGAACGGCCUGACGUUGUAAUUCAGACUGCAACUCCGGGAACGACCCUGGCGCCCCUGGACGAAUCGGGGAUGUUUGAUGUUGAACUCUCCUCGCGAUUCCUGGAUUCCAGAGCUCGAAAAACGCAGAAGACCGAAGUUUUGAUCAAUUUUGAGUUUCAUCAAUUUCAUGUUUUGUUCUUGCGAUCCGUUCGACGUGACUUGGCGGCCAAAGUUGCCACUGCUACGAUUAGUGGCGCCAGGAUACAGGCACACAUACACGAGGACACCUUAGACGUGGGCGGGAGUUUGGGUGGCUUGCAAUUACUCGACUUGACGCAAACGAGCUCCGCUUCUGGGAUAGAAAGUCCGAAUUAUGAUCGAAUUCCCGAAAUACAGCCGUUGCCGUAUCAGCGGGUUCUCAGUGUCGGGCAUGAUCCUCUUACGGGUCCACGCGAUCCUAGAUUGGUUUCUCUUGCCGAAGAAUCUCCGGAGGCCUUGUUAUCGAGACUACAUCGUCAGGCUUACGGAAAAAAUGAAGAAAAAAUAGAAACGUUUUCCGCAAACGAUACGAAGGUGCAGCACGCUUUCAGUUUUCACGUGGUUGUGAAAGAGAUCGACAGUUCCUACGCUGCGGAAUCUCCUGAAGUCAUGAAUUCUCCUGCGAUAGACUUGGAUUUGUACAUAUCAUCUGUGAGCUACGUUCAUUCACCGCAGUUCUUGACCGAACUCUCUGCAUGCGCAUCCGAAUUCAGAGCAUAUGCUGCGAGACUAGCGCAAUACAUGACAACAGCAGCGGCAGAGGUUGCGUUGGAGCUUCUCGCGGAACGCUCUGAGCAAAAGUCAGCUGCGUCGAAAACGUUCUCUGAAAGACCGUGGUCAUUGUUCGCACGACUCUCGUCGCCCAUGGUUCCAGAACCAAAGCCGAUCGUGGCUGAGACAGCGUCGGAAAAGCGCGUUCCUUCGCCAUCCAUCAUUGAAGCGCUCAGAUCGAAGGUAUCGUGA